GCACUAUUUCAAAUACUGGCUUGAAAGUGGUAGUCGAGCGAGCUUAUGUUCUUCUUAUGUUCAUUGUUCAGUGGAAAUUAUUUUAAAUAAAAACACGCUCGACGCUUUUCUUUCAUUUUCAAAUGUCUGACAUCGAAGUAAUAUUGAAACAACAUGUGCAGAAGUUCAUUGAGAAGGGAACGUUUACGAGCCCCAGCCUCGACAGGCUCUGCCUUGAGAGAAUCCAAGCUCAGGAAUUCCAUUCCUGGGCUUGGAUUCUCUCAAGGGGGAUUCUCUCUCUCAUCCUGGGCUUGGAUUGGAAGUAUUGACCCGAGUGGGCAAAGUCGCAUCACUCCGCUGGAGCUGCCAACUAGCCAAGAGGCAGCACAAGAUGCUGAAGCACAAUCUUGGCCAACACUUAGCAAAUUAGUACAUGAUGUAAAGAAAUUAACUGCAGCGGAUAAAGUAAUAUAUGAUCGCACUUCGAACAUUCCGCUGCAGCCGUCAAACAAACAAUUGGCAACACAUGAUUCUCUGUCUAUGGGAGUGUCAACAGAAAAGCGGAGAAGGAGAGGACUGCUUUCGUCUUUAUCGUCAAAGAAGCGAAAACUCGAUGAGUCAAUCAGCGAAGUGGCAGCACAUUCUGCUCUGCCUGUGGGAGUGCGACCAAGUUGUCGUGGAAAAACUGGAAAGAAGAAAGAAACCGCAAUGAAGAAAAGAAGGGAGAUCACGCCAGGCAUAGAAGAAGGAAAGAAAACUGCAAAUAAGAAGGAAUCGAAGAAGCUCAAGGAUUCCGUCGAAACCAGCAUCAUGACAGUGACUGACCCUAGCUCGCAAGAGUGUUGCACUCUUGCAAGGGAGAUCACUCCAGGCGUAGAUCCUUCUGCAGCGGUCAGAAGCAGCCCUGUUAUCAUCGCUCCUCUUCGUAAUUCAAGCGCUCCCGCCAUGAUCGCAGAGGCGAGUGACAGCGACUAUGGCCCAGUAUGCCCAGCCGUGUCGUCUGCGCCGCCCCCCUCCCAAGAGGUUCAGGCCCCCUCACCGUUGCAAGAUGGGCCGCACAGACGCCAAACGCGCCAACAGCCCCGCCGCCUCGAUGGGAGAGUCCCACAAAACCAGGGGCGACAAGGGCGUGACCAGUUCCGAGCAGCCAAACAGAUUGAACAUAUUAGGAUGGGAUACUUCCGAGACCAAACGGUUUGCGCCGUGGUGGACCCCACUUCUCAAGUCCUCUCUAUGACUCAAGCCUCUGAGGCCAACGAGGUAGAAGAGGGUGAGGAGGUGGUGAUGGAAUCGCCAGACCCUAUAUAUGGACCAGAGAACGGCAUUGCCGUUGAUGAAGCCUGCAUCAUCGUGGAAGAUCAUGAUACAGAGUUUGAGCUGGUAGAGGAGGGUGAGAAGGAUAAAUCAGAGGGCGCCGUUGGCGUUCAAGAGGCCCCCCUCCUGAAUGCCUCCCACGUUCAGGAGGCCCCCCUCGAAGUCUUGCAACCUUCAAAAUGCUUCAUCGCAGCGUCGGAGUCAGAUGAGAUUUGCCUGUGGGAGUCACAAGUCACAAGAGAUUUGCCUGUAAAAGAGACUCGAAAAUGCGAGAAAAGAUUUGCAGACGGUCAGUCCCAUGAUAAUCAAGCCAGAACUAAUCAAAUCAUUGUAGAUGGUGUCAAUGUUUUCAAGAAUGUGUCUGCUUGGGAUAAAAAAUCCGGAAAAUCGGAUCCUCCCCCUUGCCGCUAGGAUCCAUUUCUCUUGGAAACCGACGAAGACGACCUGGCAGAACUUCUACCAGACCCAUCAUCAUUGGUGUACGCAAUGGAGCGUUACAUCCUAAAGAUCCUUGUUCGCGCGACCAUCACUUCAGCUGUGAAGAAAAGUGUGAACAACAAGGAAAAGAAGACAUCCGGUAAUUCUUGCCACGAUGACGAUGACAGCACUGAAGAUGAGGGUGAAGAAGGCAGUCGUGACAACAAUGAAAGCAGCACAACGCGAGGCCCAAAGGCAUACUCGCGCACUCGUGGAAGAAAGGUGGAAGGCAGGACCCAGUGGGCGUGCUUUGUCCCAGCUUGCCAGGGCCUGGUUGGGCCGAACCAUAUGCGCCGGCACUAUCAAGAUGCCCAUAUGCCCAUGGAUUCGGAGAAGAAGCAUCAAUCAAUAUGAAUGGAUUUCAUCGAAGACUAGACAACCUGAAGAAACGUUAGGAAUGUGAUCCCGUCUUGAGCCCCAGCGAGCUUCGGCUACAUGUUGAAAAUAUAUUGAAAAACAACAAAGGAAGCCUACCCAAGACAUUGCCUGCAUGCGUGUCAAGGGAAAUGAGAGAUCGGGCAACGCCAGUCUGUUUACUUGUUCAUCUUAUGGAUGGAAUGGGAGCCAAUGAUGAUGUUGCCAAUCACAUUUUUUGCAUUAAGAGAUCAACCAGUGCCGUCAACUAGCACGACCGCCGCCACAUGAGGAGAGGAGAUUAAUGAAGGAGACCUUAGGCAAGAACGCCCCGUGCAGAACCCUGGAGGUCUCAACGUGAAGUACUUGGCAAAGGGAGAGUAUGAUAAUAAGCGGCUCGUGACAGCUUGUCCUGAGUGUUUCAAAGGAUAUCACCCCCGAAAGCUGCAGCAACACAUUAUAAGGAAGCACCAGAAAUCAAACUCCGAUGCCUUAGCCAUGAAAAACACCGCCCUUCCUUAUACGAGACUUGUUUCACUCCAGACAGUUCCAGGAAAAGGGCAAUCCCUCCACAGCAAACUUCCACAAGAUAUAGUAAACGAAAUCAAGGAUGAAUUCCUUGCUGGAAGAACGAGAGCGGGUCGAGUCAUGUCGAGUCAUGCCACGAUGCAAGGAGUUUCUGCUGCGGUGCGCGACGCAACUUCUUCAGAGAUUAGCAUCAGCUUCGGAACAACAUCAUUAGCUUCGGAACACAGUGUGCAAAGUUCUUCAACGAUGCAAGAAGCUUCUGCUGCGGUGAGCGACGCGGCUUCCUCAGAGAUUAGCAUCCAUCAGCGUUGAUGCCUCCCGCGAUGAGGAUCAGGAAGCCCCUUAUCUUCCUCGGACACAAUCAUUUCACAAUUCAUAUGUCAUCCACUGUAUGAAUCCUGCUCUUCCGUGUUCUGUAGCAGACUUAGAAAUGGCAAAAGAUUUGAUGAAAAAGAACGUUCAUGUUAUUAGAGGCGAUGAAUAAACAUAAAAUACAUUUCGAACAAGGGGAUAAUCCAUUUACCUGUAAAAACAUCAGUCUUUAUUGCCGUGAUCUUGUACAGCACUUUUAGAAUAAACAAAAAAACCGCAGACAUUAUGAACUACCUUGUACGUCAAAACCACCAUUUUAGACUUAAGAAAGUAUCACCGAAGGUACAGCAGUACCACAACACUUUACAGUAGAUUUGCGGACUAUGUUUGGAUAGCAUGCUGGAAGAAUGAAUGCACAUCAUUAAUCUUGUUUGCUUGGAUAUAGUCAGUGGUGGGCACAGCUAACCUAAAAGUUAGCUUCGAUAACCGC